AUGGCCUCAUUCAAGUACAUCGCCCCUCCCAAUGACUUUCUCAAAGUCAUCAGUGACGCCAACCACUACGAGCAAGCUGUCGACCUAUGCAAUGGUUUUUAUAAGAUCUCAGGCCAAGGUGGCUUCAAUGACAAGGGCGAGAUGCCAUCCGACGUCAAAGACGAAGUAGAGCAGGCAGUUCAAAAUGUCGAGGAUGUUCUCAAAGCAGCUGGUCUUCGUGGAUGGGAGGAUGUUUACUACGUACGACACUAUCAUACUGAUAUUGACGUGACUUUGCCGUUGGUGACAGAGGCGCUCAAGAGAAGAAUUCCCAACAACCGACCUGGUGGCGUUGCGGCGGGUGUUACAAGGCUGGCCCUUCCGAAUAUGAGGAUUGAAAUCGAGGUUGACGCUAAGAAGCAUUCCUCGUGA